AUGGCAUCACUAUACACGCGCGGGUUACGCCCAUCGCGUCGCGAUCUCAUGAUCGUCCUCCUCACCCUUGGUGUCGCCUUCAUCUGGCUCGGUAACCCGAAACCCUCGCAGCGCGCAGACAACAACUCUCUCGCGGACGGGAGCAGGGGGAGCUCGCUGGGAAGCUUGUGGGGCGGAGGCAAGAGCGACUGCCCACCUACUCAACACGUAACGUUUGAGGAGACGGUCAAGAAGGCCGGCUUUGUGCGGACGCCUGGGUCGACCGAGUCCGACAACGAGCAGUUUAAGCACCUCAACACCAAAAUGCUCGGGCACACACCAGGGUGGACCAUGUUCGAACAGCUGUAUCUCUUCAACGGGCAGCUCUACGUUGUAACCCCUAACCGCGGCGACUGGCCCGAGUUGCGCAUGCUCACAUCGACUGGCGUUGGUGCGAACAGCGACCCCGGGAACGCGCAAGCGCGUGAGCCGACGGGUGGCGAGAUCAUCUUCAUCCAGGCCGACGAGGCGUAUAGAAUCUGGGGCGACAAUGUGUACCGCAUGCGCGGCAUGACCUGGCUCUGGAACGACGGCAACUUCAUCGACCACUACUACCACUUUGCCGCAGAGCUGCUUCUGGGCACGUGGCGCGUGCACGCCACUCUGGACCAGCACAUCGCCGCUGAUGCCCACUCGAGUCUAGAGCCACCCGCUCGCGCGUGGUUCCUCCACCACGAGCCAGACCAGUGGCGCGACCACCCCAGGUUCAACCCGACAAUCAUGUACGGGUGCUUCCCGAACACGGCACUUCUCUUCCCCAAGGAAAUGGACGACAUUCGCCAGAUCACUUCCAGCGACUACCGCAAGAAGGCAUAUGUGCUCGACAGGGCAAUCCUGGCCGACCGCUCAGCCGCAUUCCGUGGCCCCCACACUGGCUCGACAUCCCGCACCGUGGCUGGUGCGACCGCGUUCGGCAACGUGAGCCGUUGGUGGUGGGAGCCAAUCCGCCGGCAGGUCCUCACUUUCUCCGAGGUGCCCGAGGACAUCAUCAAUCGCAACCUCGAGGGGUACGGUGCGGUCGACCCCGUCGAGUGGGAGGGCAAGACGGCGGCCGAGAUCGGGUACACGCCCCUCAAGCCGGCUGGAGACUACAAGCCUGUUGUGACAUACAUCUCGCGCCAGAAGUCGAAGCGCCGUCUCACACCUGACUCGCAUACCAAGCUCGUUGCCGCGCUCGAGGCGAAGGCGAAGAAGGUUGGGUUUGAGCUGAUUGUCGUCGAGGCUGAGCGGUAUACCAAGGAGGAGCAGUUUGCCAUUUCUGGCAAGACGACUAUCAUGCUCGGCGUUCACGGCAACGGCCUGUCGCACCUUCUCUGGAUGCCAGCGACCCCAAGGUCAGCUGUUAUCGAGAUGUUCUACCGCGGUGGAUUUGCGCGCGACUACCAAUGGACCGCGCACGCCCUUGGCAUCCGCCACUUCGCCGUUCAGCACGACCAGUAUCGCACUUCGCCCAACCUCUACCGUGUCGAGUAUCCCGAAGGCUUCCAAGGGAACCAGAUUACGGUCGACGCGGCAACCGUGGCCGACCUGAUAGAGGCGCGGUUGACAGGCAAGGCGUAG